GUCGUUUCCUCGGUCUCCACCCGGCCAUCGCCUGCACGUCGCCUCCCACAGUCCCACGUCUCUCUUUGUCCCAUCCAAUAACCUCCAGUCCCUCUACCCAGUUCUCCUUCAACUCGACCACGGUCAUGGCCAUGGCCGUAGAUCACAUGGACAUAGCGCCGGCUGGGACGGCGGCGGUGCGACAGCGCAGGGGGUGGCUCCGGUGGAUGUACUCGCCCGUGGGCACCGAGCAUGGGACGGCGCCGGGGAUCGCGCCCGACGUGGUAACGGCCGACGAGGGCACGAAGAAGCCGCGGCGCGGGUGGCUGCGGCGGCUGGUGCCGCGGGGGCACACGCUGCGGCGGCGGUGGAAGCUGAGAGGCGCGUCGUCGAGGCUGGCUGCCGCGCUGCCGCGGUGGAAGCGGAUGUCGUCGGGGCUCUCCGUCGGCGGCGGCUGGGCAUCAGCGCUGCUCGACGCCGUCGCGUUCCGCGUGAUGUACGUGGUGGAGGCCGUCGUGCUCGGCCUCGCGCUCUCCUGCUUCUUCUGCUGCUGCGGCUGCCAGAUAUAGAUAGCACGCACGCACGCACGCCUGUGCUGCGUUCGUCGGCUCGCCGAUGGGCGUGCAACUGUCUAAUCUCUCCCUAAUCAUCAUUAAAUAGCCUCUUGUUGUUACAUUUUGGUGUAACGUUUUGUUCUUUCCGUACGAAGUUGGAAAAUUUGCAAUCGGCGCUUCGACUCU